AUGGUGGGGAUACUUGGAGUUGGCGGGAUUGGGAAGACAACUAUUGCCAAAGAGAUCUAUAACUUGAUUGCUUAUCAGUUUGAAGGUAGUUGUUUUCUUGCAAAUGUUAGAGAAACUGCAAAGCGAGAGUACAGUUUGGUCCAACUACAAGAGACACUUCUUUCUGAGAUUCUAGGAGACUCUAGAAGUUUAAAGGUUGGCAAUGUUGAUCGAGGAAUCAAUGUGAUAAAGUAUAGGCUUUGUUCUAAAAGGGUUCUUUUAAUUCUUGAUGAUGUGGAUCAGUCGAUCCAAUUAGAAACAUUAGCUGGGGAACUAAAUUGGUUUGGUUUAGGAAGUAGAAUCAUCAUAACAACUAGAGAUGAAAAACUGCUAACUAAUCCUCCUGUUGAAUUAAUGUAUAAGGUGAAAGAAUUGGAUCACAACGAAGCUCUUCAACUCUUUUGUUGGAAUGCCUUCAAAAGAGACAAACCUUUUGACGAUUAUGUGGAACUCACAGAACGUAUAAUACAUUAUGCGAGAGGCCUUCCAUUGGCUUUGACUGUGCUAGGUUCAGAUCUACAUGGUAGAAGUAUAAAUGAAUGGAAAAGUGCAUUGGAUAAGUACAAAAGAUGUCCUAACAAAAGUAUUCAAGAAAUACUUAUAAUAAGUUAUGAUGGAUUGGAUGAUAAUGAAAAGGAUAUUUUCCUUGAUAUUGCAUGUUUCUUCAAAGGAAAGCCUGCGGAUUAUGUCAUCAAAAUAUUAGACGGUUGUGGUUUCUCCUCGGUUAUUGGUAUCAAAGUGCUUAUGGAGAAGUCUCUUAUAACUAUUGAUAAGCCUAACAAAUUUGUAAUGCAUGACUUGUUGCAAGAAAUGGGUAGAGAAAUUGUUCGACAAGAAUCACCCGAAGAACCUGGAGAACGGAGUAGGUUGUGGUUUCAUGAAGAUAUUUGUCAUGUAUUAGAAGAACAUACAAAUUUCCAAAACUUGACAGCUAUGGAUGUCUCAAGUUGUCAAUUCCUAACAAAAAUUCCUGAUCUUUCAAGGAUCCCAAAUUUAGAAGAAUUGACUCUUGACAAUUGUACAAGUUUAGUUGAGGUUUAUCAUUCUGUUGGAUUACUUGAUAAGCUUGUCAUUUUGAGACUUGUAGGAUGCUCUAACCUUACAAGCUUUCCAAAAACAUUGAAGUUGAGAUCUUUGGAACAUCUUAUGCUUGAAGAUUGCGUAAGGCUUCAGAACUUUCCUGAAAUUGAGUGUAAAAUAGAAAGGUUAGGAUACAUUGGCCUAAAAUGCACUCCUAUAAAAGAAUUGCCUUCAUCUAUUGGGUAUGCCAUUGGGCUUCAAGAUUUAAAUCUAGAAGGUUGCGAAAACCUUAUGAAUCUCCCAAGUACCAUUCAUCACUUGCAACGUCUAAAGAGACUUUCUCUUAGAGAUUGUUUGAAACUUGUCAAGUUUCCACAGAAGGUGGGGGAUAACGGACUAUCCAUGCCCUCUAUUGUGUCCACAAAGGAAUCUGAAAUUUUUUCAAGUGCAGAAUUAAUCUCGUUCCCACCUCCUAUGAAUUCACGCAUUUGUAAUGACGAUCUAUCGGGGAGCGAUUUUGUUAGCAUUCCUGUAUUCAUCAAAAGAUUUGUUGGAUUGAGGAGCCUUAAAGUGGCAGAUUGCAAGCAACUUGAAGAAAUUUUAGAACUUCCACCAAAAAUAGAAGACAUAUAUGCAAGUGGGUGCAUAUCAUUGGAAAGAUUUUUUGUAUUAUCAAAAGGAUUUCAAUUUGAUAGAUUCCCAGGGCUUGAAUGGAUUGAUUUGUCCAUAUGCCAUAAAUUGCUUGAGAAUGUAGGGAAUGAUGUGGAAAAUCUUUUAUUGGAUGAGGGACAUUUUGAGGACCAUCAAUUUGGCAUUAUUUAUCCGGGAAAUAAGAUUCCAAAUUGGUUCUGCAAUCUUAAAGAGACUUCGAAUGAUAAUAAAUGCAAAAUAGAUAUUUAUGAGCUUUCACAUUUGGAUGGGGAGAUCACAGGAAUUGCUAUGCGUGUUGUUAUUGGAAUAAAGGGUGGACAAAUACCCGUUCAAGCUCUUUGUAAUGUUGAGAUCAUCAUCAAUGGUUUACCAAGAUAUAGUGACGAUAAAGCAUUUCAUUUAUCAGGCUCAGAUCAUGUGUGGUUUCUAUACCAUGUUCCUGAAUUUAAUGAGUUGAAGGGGGACAAUCUGCAAGUUAAGUUUUGGUCCCCCACAAGUUCAGUGUCCUUUAAAAGUUGUGGAGCACAUUUAGUACGCAGGAAUGAAGAGAAAGCAGAAGGGAAAGGUCAAAUGUUGAGUCCUCAGCAUGGAGGUGUGCUCCAUGAGAAUGUGGGUGUACGUAAUGAAAAUAUAGAAAAUUCAGUGGAUUUAAUGGAUGGGAUUCAACAUACUAAAAGACGCCACGAUGAUGAUGAUGAUGGUGAUGGUAACUUUGAAUCCAAUUGGUACCCACGGCAUAAGAGGAAGUACAAGAAGUUGGAGGGAAUGGAAGAGUUGGAAUCCAACAAAGGAUCAAGCAAGCCAAAGGUUUUGUGCAUUGAUCAGGAAAGUGACGAUAGUUCUGCAUGUAUAUCUGAAGCUAGGCAUUUGAGAGCCGAGAGUUUUUGGUCUCUUUGGAUAGGGAUCAUGGUUUCAAAACUAGCUGCUUGCUAUUGCAAAUGA